ACGACACCAUAAUCGUAGGCAUGAGCAAUAUGAUGUCAACGGCAGCCUUCAGGUAACAAACGCAUUCUUAUUAUUUAUAUUUCAUUUGAAUAUAGAGUGGAAAUAGGCCCUCUGUAAUUUUUGAGUGCGCUUUGCCAUGGCUUCAUUUCCUGUAUCUCACCCCGCUGACCUAGACCACUGACGUCAGAAAAAGAAAAAAAACAUAUAGAAUUGCGCUAACCAGCGCACUGAGAAAACGAAGGCGUUAUGUCUAAAGGAACAGUGGUGCUUUAUCGGCCGGCAGGGAGGUGAAAAAUGAAAAUCGCCUUUUUAACCUCUUAAAAAAAGUAAUAUCAAACGUAAAAUUCUCAUUUCUUUUCCCUAUACAUUUUCUUUCAACACAAAUAGUGGGAGAAUUUGUUGAAAUAUCAAUUAGAUUCACCUUCUGUGAUCAUGUGCUCAAUUCUAAUGACCACUCUGUUUUAUAAAGCAUUCAUGAUAUUGCGGAUCACUCUUAUUAGGGCUGAAAGGGUUAAACUGAGAUUAUGGCAAACCCAACAGCUGACACAGCUUGGAUCACAGCGGUUUAAAUGUAUUGCUAUUUUUACCUGUAGAUUUGGCCACAGUCAGGUCAACACUCACUUGUGGAGGUAUGAAGAGGAUGGCACGAUGUCUCCGUAUGGACACGUUUCUCUAAGAGACGUUUUCUUUUCUCCAUAAAGAGUUAAGAGGGGGGAGGGAGGACUGGACCCUCUAUUUAGAGGAGCAGUCAGGCAAGCAACUCAAGAGGUCGAUUUAAAG